UCUUUAGCCACAAAGUAUGUAUCUCCUGAAGAUGAUGAUCUAACUUUACCUAGUAAUAUUUGUGAACCAAUUGCUCGUCUUUAUAAAGUAUUACAUACAUAUAGUUAUAUUUAUAAGUUAGUGGAUCAAUAUUCUGAUGUUACUUUUAGCAUUAAAAUGACAGAAUGUUUAGAAAGACAUUGGAAAGAAUGGGAACAACCUUUAUUAAUUCUUAGUUAUUUACUUCAUCCUGAUAUUUGCCUUACUCAAUUUAAUUUACUAAUUGAUAGUAUUACAUUUGCUGAAAUAGGAAGAUGGGUUAUAUAUUAUUAUUAUGCUUGGUUUGGAGAUCUGCUUAAAAAAAUUAUAGCUGAAAUACAAGACUAUCAAGAUGAAGUAUUCCCUUUUUCAAAAAAUAAAUGGAAUCAAUUUGAGGGAGAUAUUUUAAAAUAUUGGAAAUACUGUGCUGAAAUUCAUUAUAAGCUUUCUUCAGUAGCAUUAAGGCUUCAUGAUAUAUUUAUUAAUAGUAUAUCUGUUGAGAGGUUAUUUUCGUCUAUGGGUUUUUUUCAUACUAAAAAAAGAAAUCGAUUAAGUCCAGAAAAAGUUUUUAAUAUGAGUAAAUUACGUAUUUCAAUGCUUUAUAAAAAUAGAAUUGAAAAAAUUAAAAAUAAUAUAAAUUUUAUAAAUUCUAAUUUUGCACCUCCUAUAACCAAGAGCCUAAAACUAGAUGAUGAUGAUGAAUUAUCUAAUGAAGCAAGCAGAAUAGAUGAGGAAGAAGAUACGAGCCAACUUUAUGAAGAUGAAGAUGAGUUAGACAUGGCCGAUUCUACUACAAAUUUAGUUGCUGAAAUACGAGAAGUAUUAAGAAAACAAAAAGAGAUAGAGUUUAUUAGAAAUGAGAGUACAGCUGAAAAAGAGAAUAGGACUGAAACAGAAGAUAGUUAUAAAGAUUCAGUAAAUAGUAUUAGCGAAGAAUUUAUGGAAGAGGAUUA